UUUGGCCAGCGAGAGCGUCCCUCUCCAGGCUCCCCCCGCUCGAGGGCGUGCCCUUCCAGGCGGGAAAAGUUCAACUGAGAGAAACAGAGCUGUCUUCCCAGCACCUGUGAAUCCAGAGCGGUGGGCACCGGCACGUGCACUCUGUGGACAGAUUAUCCGGUUCUACUAGGGGGAAAUCCAGUCCCUGUUACUCCAUUUUGGCAAGAAAUUCAAGACAUUCCAUGUGGCAGAAUAAACUCAAUCCUUGUUUCUCCAUCUUAUCCACUAGUAGACAUUAGUUAUAUUCUCUUUGAACUCAUCAUGAAUUCCAUGAAGACUGAAGAAAACAAGUCAUUUAGUGCCACAGGAGAUGACCAGAGGACUAGACCUGAAGUUUCAAAGGGCACCUGGGAGAAUACGCAAACCUGGUGGAUGAAGGCAGAUCAGGGAAUAGGGGUUUGAAAGAGCAAUGGGACUGGUGCACUACUCUUUUCAAGGCCAGCAAACAAGGCAAGAACUAGAGAGACCACAAGUACAAGGCACGAGUGACCGAGAAGGUUAGCCAUCCUAGCAUCAUGCAGCUUGAAGAUUGUCCAGUAAACUAUGGUGUCAGAAGCAGGAUCUGAAGUGGAGCUUCCAGUAUCUCCAGGAGCACUGAGUAAACACGAAAGGUACCUGCAUGAUCCACUGUGUCCAUUGAUCUCUCACAGUGGCUGAGGAUCAUAGAGUUUCUUCUUGAAGGGCUCAAGGACUGAAGCAUCCCACAAUAUGAUCCUACUGAAUAACUCCCAGAAGCUGCUGGCCCUAUACAAAUCCCUGGCCAGGAGCAUCCCUGUGUCCCUGAAGGUUUACGGCUCUGUGUAUCACAUCAAUCACGGGAACCCCUUCAACAUGGAGGUGUUGGUGGACUCCUGGCCCGACUAUCAGAUGGUUAUUAUCCGGCCUCAAAAACAGGAGAUGACAGACGACAUGGACUCAUACACAAAUGUAUAUCGUAUAUUCUCCAAAGACCCUCAAAAAUCACAAGAAGUUUUGAAAAAUUGUGAGAUCAUCAACUGGAAACAGAGACUCCAAAUCCAAGGUCUUCAAGAAAGUUUGGGUGAGGAGAUAAGAGCGGCUGCAUUUUCAAAUUCAGUGAAGGUAGAGCAUUCAAGAGCAGGCCUCUUUAUUACAGAAGAUUUCCUGAAACUCCAUGCCUCCAAUAAAAGCAAGCUCGGAAGCUGGGCAGAGAUAGGCCAACCAGAUGAUGAAUUUGAGAGGAAAACUCCCAACUUUAAUUAUGCCCAGCUGGAUAUUUCUUAUUCCAGGCUGGUAAAUGACAAUUGGAAGCGAGGGAAGAAUGAGAGGAGCUUGCGUUACAUCAUGCGCUGCAUAGAAGUCCUGCCAGCAGCCUGUAUGCUCGGCCCAGAGGGGACCCCAAUCUCAUGGAUAACCAUGGACCCUUCUUGUGAAGUAGGAAUGGGCUACUGCAUGGAAAAAUACCGAAAGAAAGGCAACAUGGCACAGCUGCUGGUGCGACACCAGAAGUAUCUGUGUCAGAAGAAUAUACCAUUUUACGUCUCUGUACUGGAAGACAAUAAAGACUCCCGCAGAUCAGUGGGGUUGGCGGGUUACUUUGAGGCCCCCUGUGAGUGGCACCAAUGGACCUGCUACCCACAGAAUCUAGUUCCAUUUUAGACAAUGAAGCUGCUUAGCCAUCUUGGGCAAGCCAUCUCUUAAUAUUAAAGCAGACACCACAGAAUAGCUUUCUUCACUUACAAAUGUUGAUUGGGCAUUUAUGAUACGGCAGGAACUCUUUCGCACAUGGAGACUUGAUGUUAAAAGACACAGCCAUGCUCUUGAGGAGCUCACAGUCCAGGCUGGAGGCAGGGGAGGGUAUAGUCUUUAAAUAUGCUUAAGCGUUGUAGGGAAGGACGGGGUUACCAGUAAACAUGUCACCAGAAAGCCAGGCUCAGUUCUUACCUCUGGGAAUCAGAACUCUUUAUGUAACUUGGUUGAUAGAAUCUACUAUCUGGAAGAUAAAUGAAGAACUUUAAUAAAAUUGUCAAUAGAAUA